UUUGACUACCAGGAGCUGCUCCACAACUCCACCUUCUGCCUGGUUCCUCGGGGUCGUCGCCUGGGCUCCUUUCGCUUCCUAGAGUCUCUACAGGUAGGAUGCCAAAUACUGAUCUCAAUACUCUUGCAUGGUCCUAGAAGAAUGCCAAAUACUGCUCACAAUACACUAGCAUGGUCCCAGAUAUGUGAUCUGUUUGUGCCGUCUUGCCAACUCCUAUGACCAACUCCUGGGACCAAGCUACGAGUACGAAUACACCUCUGAACUAUCAAGAUUAUGCGUUGAUGUGGAUUGUGUUAGCAGUUACACUAUUAGUAUCAUAGCCACACUCUGACCAACUUUCGUAUGAAGAUCCUUAUGUGCUCUACUAACGUGUACAAUUUAAGGUGUUAACCAUUAUGGUGGUGUUGACUAAUUUGCAACAAAAAAAAGGGGGGGGGGAUUUGGUAAAUAUAACAUUGAAAGGGAUUACCUUUCAUCAAACUCAGCUUCAAUAAAGCAUGUAGUUAAAGAAAUAAUUAUAUGGGACGAACUGUGUGGAAUUACCACCCAUGUUGAUGUUUUGGUGAUGGAGCUGUGUUCAUGGUUUUACCUACCAAUGAACCUCCCAGACUCUUGUGUUCCCUGGCCCUCUUUCCCCUCUUUCCUUCUCUCUCGCUGAGUCUCUCAAUGGUCCGGAAGCUUCCAUAGGGGUGCCAGCCUGCCACACUGCUGAUCUAAACUGAAUAGGCAAAUCCACUGAACGCAGGGCUUGGCAGGGAAGCUCACUCUCACACAGCUAACUCAUUCCUCCUCGGCACUCACUCCCCCGCUCUCUCCCUCCAUCUCUCUUCCCUCUAUUCCUCUGUCUCCUUUGCUUUUCCAUUCAGGCCAGUCUGAGAUUUGUAAGAUCUCCUUUUUAUUUCCGUGCCAGCCCAAGCCCACAAAAGAACUUGCAAUUACCAGUGUGGUAGGAAACUUACUGCCAGCGUUCCAACUCUCGGUACAUACACUCCCAUGGGGGCACACACACUCACGGACAAAUGCCUGAGUACACACACACACACACACAGACAAAUGCCCAUGCGCGCACGCACACACACACACACACUCACCCUGAUGCUCCUCUCUUCAUCUCCCAAUGCAAAAUACAACAAUACACAUAUGCCCACAUGCUGAGCUGCAAUGGGAUCCAGACAGGGGAAUACUUCUUAGUCAGUCCGCUUCACAGCACCAUAUCUCUGGGGAAGUGGCUCAGGCAAGCCCCAGGCUUCACGUCAGCUCAGGAGGCCUUAGCAUCUGGCUUGACCCUGUUACCUGGAGUGUAGCCUAGCGUAUCUUAGCGUCGUCAGCAUGGCUUCCUUGGUGAGGGCUGGUCUCUGGUGAGGCAACUAGCGGAGCUUCAAACCGCUAGAGGGGGAAUCUCAGUCGGAGUCGUCUGAUCUCAGUCUGUAGCUGGUUCUGGCUGCUCUCCUGUGAUUUAAUUAGAAAGGUAAAUAAAACCAUCAACACCCAGGCCCGCAGCUUAGAGAGAGAGAUUGAAGGAGGGAGCUGAAAAAAGAAAAGUAGAACAACAUCAAAAACCUGGCUGUCAGUAAACAAGGGGAUACGGCAACAUCAAACUCAGCGUAAAAAAAUAUUAUGUAUUAUCUCUCUCCAUUUCUCUCUCCCUCUCGCCAUCCUCCCUGUGUAGUGUACUUAAUUAGCAGACUAGGGGUCUAUUAAAUCUGUGUGUGUGUGUGUGUGAUGCAGCAGAAAUGUGAUCUCUUUUUCUCUAGGGCCCCAAGGGGCUCCUGGGACUGGCAAGAUAUUAGCUGUGACUCAUGCAACCUCCCCAAGAGUGUCACACAAACACACACACACACACACACACACACACACUGCAUCAUCGAUUUCAUUAUCUGCUCAGACUGCCUUAUUGAAGUACCAGCUGCUACUAUGGUGGUAUGUGUCAGAGACGAAGACUGGAAAUCUAGACAACAUAUUUAUAUUGAAAAAUGGCCUGUCUACCACAAGCAGAGCAGAUGAACAACGGUAGCAUUUCCACUGACUUUGUCUGCUUGUCACACUGACCCACCCAUUUUCCAGAUGAUAGAUUAUCUUACGUGUACAUCUGCUGAAAACAGAGUAUUCAAUCUAUUCUCUCUCUCGCUCUCUCUAGGCAGCGUGUAUUCCAGUGUUGCUUAGUAAUGGUUGGGAGCUGCCCUUCUCUGAUGUCAUCCAGUGGAACCAGGCUGUCAUAGAAGGAGAUGAGAGAUUGCUACUGCAGGUAACACAAACACACACACCUGGAAUCAAUUAUGUUUGAACCCAGUUGAUACAGGAAAUAACCUGACAUUCAGCUAGCUAAUAGCUAGCUAAUAGCUAGCUAAAUAGCAUUUUUGAAAGUACAUCAUGGGACAUGUUAAAAUCAUAGAAUUUACAGAUUCAAAAUGGAAUUGACCGCAACAACGUUAGGCCCACGUGUGCACCCAUAAACACGUGCGCUCGCAUGUACACACACACUCCUCCCCCUCUAACACUCCACGCACACAAACACACACACGCCUCGUGAGUUUUGAGGAAAUAAAGCUGGUGACAGGAGGUUGAAUGGGGCCAAGUACAUCAGAGAGACAGGAGAUCAUUGAGAGGUGAAUCUCUCUUUCAGAUCUAGAGAUGAAAGUUGGAGGAGAGAAAGAGUGAGAGGGAGGAGAGAGAGAGGAGAUGGAGAGAGUGAAAGAGGAGGGAGGCCCUUUGCUUCCUCAGGUCCCUAUCAUUAGAAGAGCUGUUAUAUGGUAGACUAAGUUCUAGGGGAGUCAACUGGCUAUCUGACUGGCCUUUUAACAUCACUGUAGAAGAUGCAGACUUCCCUACUAGGCUAACUUUAAUAAUAAUCAAAUCACAUGGCCAUUUAGCAGAUGUUUUUAUCCAAAGUAACUGCCUGUUGUAGACUUACAGGUUAGGUGAGUCUACUGGAUAUAUUUCCUAUUUCUUCAGCUAGCUGACACAUUCAUAGUAUUUAGUUUAGGAGAAUGAAUGGGUUGAAUUUGGGCUAUUUUCGUUUGGUGCCAGUGGGGUGACCCCUUUUUAUUUUCCUCUAGUAGAGCGUAGUGUCAUCAUGUAACAUGUAACUUGCCUGAAAUGUUGGUUUCAGGUAAAUCAUGUGAGAAAUAAGAGUACUACUUCUGAUGGAAGUAGUCUGCGCUAUAGACAGAGCUAGGUGAGCUAGGAUAGCUGCUGGGAACCUUUCCUGAACCCAAGCUCUCCCUCUGGCAAAACAAUACCAUUGAUAGUGGAUUUGACUCUGGCUGGAUUUAAAUAAUGUAGCUAGUGUCUUCCCACUUUCCCUGUCUUCCUCCAUAGUAAGGGUUAUUGACUGCCAGUUGGUUCAGCCUUGCAGGUAAAAAUGUAACAUUAUACUGUAAGAAAAUGUUAUUAUUUUACCAGGCAGUGUAGAGAGCAGUGUCAUUCUAUGAAGUACAUUUCAUUCAGCAACAUUCUGAUUGUUUUAUCCUGUUGAAUACAUGAUUGACCUUGCCUGCUAUGCUCUUCCUUUUCUAUCUCACGCACCCUUGCUCUCUCCCUCAACUUCCACCCUCUCUCCCUCGUCUUCCUCUCUCUCCCAGGUCCCGUCUACGGUGCGUGCGGUGGGAAAUGAGCGGGUCCUAGCUCUGAGGCAGCGGACCCAGAUGCUGUGGGAGGCCUACUUCUCCUCCGUAGACAAGAUAGUCCUCACCACACUGGAGGUAGGUGAUAAGGAGUCCUGUUCAUUAGGCACCAAAUGGGAGAAAACGGACUGAAACAGUACCUGGACAUUGUCCAAUAAGAAAUGCUUGUUUUUGUUUUCUGUGGCAAUUAUAUUUUGCUGCGAUGUGCUCUAAUGAACACGUAUUGGAUUGGAUGUUUUGUUCUUAUACUGACACUAGCUGGUCAAAGUGAGCAAGUGCAUGUACUUAAGAUUGCUGCGUUUGUAUUCUUGAUGUGAUUACUUCAGUUUUACACACACAAAGUUGGCCAGCCCAUAUGGACAUAGAUAAUUAAGGUUUGAACAUAUGGGUACAUCAGGGCGUUCUAACAUAUUAACAUACAGUAGCUCCCCUUAAACCUUCUCACCUUGUCAUCGCGCUCUCUCUCUCAGAUAAUCAAGGACCGGGUGUUCUCCCACGUCUCCAGAAAUAAGUACAUGUGGAACUCCUUACCAGGAGGCCUGCUUGUCCUGCCAGAGUACUCCACUCACUUGGCCCACUUCCCCUUCUACUACCUGAGCCUAGGUAGGAACCAGACCGGACUGGACCGGUUCCGACUAGUUCAGACCUACCUGACUAGACUGGCUCAUCCUUAUAAUUAUAUCUCAUCUAUAGGGUCUCCUCUGAUAAAACAAAAAUAGAUAUUUCAUAAAGUUUAUAAUAAAUAGUAUAUAAAGCAAAUCUAAUAUUUGGCUCCUACAGUAAAUAUGUUACUACUUUCAUAUAUGCAACAAUGUACAAGGUAGAUAGUAAAAGUAGAAACUCCUCGUUCCUUCCUGCAGGGGUCAGUCCAGGUCAAGAGUUCACCGCCAUCAUCCAUGCCGUCUCCCCAUUGGUCUCCCAGUCUCAGCCAAUCAUGAAGCUGCUUCAGGUGGUCUCCAAGUCCAAAUACUGUACACAGGUGAGUGUGUUUUUAGCGUGUUGGUGAAUAAGAGGUCAUAGGUAACAAAUGGACAACUCUACAUUGCUUCAUUAAGCCUAAUAACCCUUAUGCUUAUUGUGUCACACACUAUUCCCUCCACCUCUAGAUCAUCAUCCUGUGGAACAGUGAGAAGCCGCCGCCCCACAGGAGUAAAUGGCCCCCCAUGCCUGUCCCCCUCACUGUGACAGACGGCAGGAGGAAGGUGAGUGACAAUGACGUCACCAAAACCCAAGUCAGGCCACGGGAGAGGCAGAAUGAUACACUGUCUGCCUCUCUCUGUGCCUCUCUCUGUCUGUCUACCCCGCCCUCUAACCACAAAACAGAGUGAAUCUAUGGGAGUAAAAUCCUUCCUUUUUCACUGCUUGUCAUUCACACAUCCGUGACAUUGACUCAUCCUCUCUCUCCCCAUACCACAGACCUCAGUGGAGCGGACAGUGUCCCUGUCAUUCCUUCAUUUUCCCACACAUAAACCAACCACUGUCAACCUUAAUAAGGAAUGGAAAUGAUUAUCUCUCUCUCGAUCCCCCUUCUCCAGACGAGCAGUCGUUUCCUGCCCAACGUGGCCAUAGAGACAGAGGCAGUGCUGAGUCUGGAUGAAGAUACAGUCCUGCUGACCAGUGAGGUAUGACCUUCCUAAACAACUACACACUGUGGUAGAAAACACACACCCACUUUACCCAUCUAACUGUACUCACUCUUCCCGCAGGUGAACUUUGCCUUCUUGGUGUGGAGGAGUUUUCCUGAGCGCAUCGUGGGCUACCCCCCCAGGAGUCACUUCUGGGACCCAGUGAAGCAUGCGUGGGGGUACACCUCCAAGUGGACUAACGAGUACUCCAUCGUUCUGACGGGAGCAGCCUUCUACCACAGGUAGAACGGACCUCCCCAUUCAAGUUAACCAGUCAAAUUGCCAGGGUUAGAGGUUCCAAGCCCUUUCUAUGGAUUCUAUUUCUAUGACUAACAUCAUGCACAACUGAGCAGUUGCUCUACUGACACACAAUAGAAAAACAUAGUAAACAAACGAAGAUCAUUAAACAGAUGGUCUAUGAGCUGUGGCCACUUACAUUUUGCCCUUAGAAGAAUGUAUUACCAGGCUUAAUGUACAGUUCAAUAUCAAUAUUCCAACCAACAAGAUCUGACAAGUAGAUACAUUGUGCACAUCAACUAUUUAUUUGCCAUUUUAGUGAUCACUUUGCUAUCUCUCACCCUUCCAUUUCCUCUCCAUCAGGUACUAUCACUACCUGUUCUCCCACUACCUGCCCCCCUCACUGCGGGCACUGGUGGACCGCACCUCCAACUGUGAGGACAUCCUCAUGAACUUCCUGGUUUCCUCCGUCACCCACCUGCCGCCAAUCAAAGUGGCCCAGAGGAAGCAGUACAAGGAGCUGCCCAGCUCACAGGUGAGGCGACACCCAUCAAUGGUGAAUUUGACCAAUGAGCUGCCCAGCCCACAGGUGAGGCCACUCCCAUCAGUUGGAUGUCUGACCAAUUAGUUAUUUAUUGCUGUAGUCGUGAUACUGUAUAUAAAGCAUAACAUUUGUUGUCUUGGUGUCCAAAAAAGUUUGUUACAUUUAAUUUGUUUUCUUAAAUUUAAAGAUCAACCAAUAGCAGAAUGAAUAGAUAGACAGCUUAUUAACAAGGGUUAGACAGAGUUCAACCUGUUAUAGAUAUAUUUUUACACAACAAUAAUCAUUCAAUCCUUCUCUGCACCCUCGCCAGUCUGUUAUUGCUGCGAGAAUACACAAUAAUAAUCAAGUGCAAAACUUUCUGUUCAAAUGACCCCGGCUGAAAGUCAGCCCAUUGAACAACCUCAACAAAACCUGUAAACAUCUGCUGCCUAUAAUUGACAAUGGCUGAUAAGAAUGACAACUCCUUUUUACCUAACAAUACCUUGCUCCGGUUUAUUUUAGUGAAGAUGAGAUUAUCCCAGACCGUGUAUGUCACAGUAUCUCGCCCUACUCUGUCAGAUUGGAGAGAACAACCCUAUCUGUAUCAGACGUGAGAUCAAUUAGCCAUCGUAAUUUUAACAGUUCCCUAGUUUUCUGACAGGAAAUAUACUUUACAUCAGCCAUACAUCUUUAUCAGCCUAUAGAUAAGAUUGAGGAAUCUCGACACCAGUAAUUGUCUACAGUAUACAUUCCCACGGUAUACAGAGAACCAUAAUUCCAUUUGUACAUCCCGUCUGUACAUUGGCGUUAUGUGCAACAGUGUGUACGACGAUCUUGGUUUCAAACUCACCCUCUUCUCUCUCCACAUCCUCUUUUCCUCUCGUCCUUCUAGGGUACGAAGAUGAGCGCUCCGUGGGCCAACCCAGAGCACUUUACCCAGAGACAGGAGUGUGUGAACAGCUUUGCCAGAUGGUUCGGCUACAUGCCCCUGGUCCACUCCCAGUUCCGCCUGGACCCCCUGCUCUUCAAGGACCAGGUGUCUGUCCUGCGCAAGAAGUACAAGGACCUGGAACGUGCC